CGCCAUUCGCACCUUCGCACUUCUCGAUAGGUGGCUACCAACCGCGAGUGCUCCUUGAGAUAUGGGUUUUCGCACUCUUAAAGUAUCAAAUUUUAAUGAGUUUUCGUGAUACUCUACGUGUGAGAUUUCGCUUUUAAUUUGGGCGGCUUGCCAGCCCGCAGGUCAUCCUCGCUCCUAUGGAGUUCGACGAGUAUGAGAGUCUACCGACGGGUAGUGCGGUGACCCACAUGCUUGCGGGUGCCGCUGCUGGAAUCAUGGAACACUGCGUUAUGUACCCCCUGGACUCUGUCAAGACACGAAUGCAAAGCCCGACCAAAUCCGGGUGCCAGGUAUCGCUCCAUAGCAGAUGCCUUCUACAAGAUGGACCGGCGCACGCCCUCUAUUUUUCCUGCUACGAGAAGCUGAAGCGAAUCAUCAGUGGCACAGAGCAUGGCACCAACAGCCCCAUUUCUCAAGGCUUGGCUGGAUGUUUGGCCACUGUGAUGCAUGACAGCAUCAUGAACCCUGCCGAAGUGGUGAAGCAACGCAUGCAGAUGUACAACAGCCAGUUUAAGCGCUGCAGCGAGUGCUUCUUUUACGUCUGGCGACAAGAGGGCGGCCACGCCUUCUACCGCAGCUUCACGACGCAGCUCUCGAUGAACAUUCCCUUCCAGUGCGUUCAUUUCGUCACCUACGAGUUUGUGCAGGUGUUGACCAAUAAGGAGCGUACCUACAACCCCGUGGCACACAUGGUGUCCGGGGGCAUUGCGGGUGCCUUUGCGGCAGCCGUCACGACACCCUUGGACGUCUGCAAAACCCUGCUCAACACGCAGGAGUCUUCCCUCCUCAGGAACACGCACCAGUCUCAGAUCAGUGGCUUGGUGAAUGCGGCAACCACCAUCUACAGCUGCUGCGGCCUCAAGGGAUACUUCCGGGGCUUGAACGCCAGGGUGCUGUUCCAGAUGCCUGCAACAGCCAUCUCCUGGUCCGUCUAUGAAUUCUUCAAGGCCAGCCUGAAUUCGAGAGAAAGGGAGUUUAGCCCAGCAACGAGUAUCGACACAGCCGUGGCGGGCGUCUCGAUAGCCAGGCCGAGCAUGUAGACUGCAAGCGAGGCUUUCCUUCGGAGCAGCUCUCCAUAUGGCAGCCUACGAUCCAGAGGGCCACACAUUGCCGCGGCUCAGCGAAUGGCAACAACUAGUCGGGCCACAGUGCAGCUCAGAGGCCUCGUGAUACUCCAAGCGCUUGCUAGCAGGUCGCUGGCAACAGACCUCCAGCAAUUGGCAUAACCGGCGUCUUUCAGGAGGCCUCUGGCAUCCGCUGGCUCGGGCUGCAGCCCCAAGACCUCGGGUGGAAUCGCUCUGGGCUGUGCCCCUCCACUCGAUGAGUGUUGGUCACCAGUUAUCCCAGUGUCUGGUUCUUCACGUUGUCGUGCACGCUUUGUUGACGGGAAAGGAAAAGACUACAGGACUUUGGAGUGUGUUGAGCAGAAAUAAAUGUGACGCAGUAGUUGAUUUUUAUAAA